CACAUGCUUGACAAGCCUUCAUCAAGAGGCGCAUCCAGGGAAAAUGAACAUACAGUAGAGAGCUGGUUUGUUCUACAGAUAGAGAGGAAGAUAUAUAACUGUCAGGCUGAUGAGAACAUGGAGUUAAAGUAGACGAAAACCAAGGUCUGGUUGAGCAACAGAAGCAAACAUUUUCAUUAUAUCCGAACAGGAUCAGUAACUACAACAAGCUGUUGACUUGACAUCAAUGAGCCAGCUCUAAAACCACCGUAGCUAAUGUGUGCACCAUCAGCAGGACCGUCCAAGCUUGAAGAACUGGAUCGAUACAAGACGAGAGACAACACAGAUUGAGAACCAAAACCAGUACCAGAAGUCUCUGGAAACUUAAUCCUGAUUCUAAGACAAUCCAUCACAGGAAAAGUGACGGCAGGAUCUACUAAUAUUUUUUAGGUGUUCAGUUACGCAGUUCGUGAUUUGUGAUGUCAGUGAUGAAGGUCGCCACGGUGAUGCUGAUGAUCAUUGGGAUGGGAGUAGAGGCAGCUCCCGCUGAGAGAGAUCGUCAACUAAGUCUCACUCACACAUCAGCUGUACCAGAAAAGUCCACAGGGCUGAAUCCAAGUCAAUAUCUGAAACAGUGGCGUCUGAGCAGCAAAGCUGACAAAACCACACUGAGGUCUGUCACCGGCGGCACCAGGGCCAGACUGAGGAUCAGCCAAGACACGGCCAGCUCGGAUAAACAAGCCCAGAUGCUGAGGAUGAUCUCAGCCCUGGAGGAGCUGCACAGGACAUUCAACAGCACGCUGAGCUCACGCAUCACUAUCAUACCACGAGCAAAUGGCAGAAAUUCAGGAAGAAAAAUUAAAGUGCUGCCAGCGACAGAGGGAGGCAUGAAGCCCACCACUGCUCCCCCCGCGGCGGCUGACAGCACAGCGUCCAGAGCCAGCGCGGACGCCUUCGUGCCCAGCCUCACCGGCCGAAGCUUCAGGAAGUCUCUACCACCACAGAACAAGAAGACCAACAAAAGAGUGUGUUUCUGGAAGUACUGUUCCCAGAACUGAUUGGUUCCCAACCCAAGGUCUCCCUCCACUUGUCCUUUAUCUCCUCCUCACUCACCUAUCAUCAUUCCCCAUCAAUGCACCCAUUCAAAGUUUAUUUAUUUAUAUAGAAACAAUGUGUUUCCAAAUUUGUGAUGUGAAAAGUCCCAAGAUAAAUGUACUGUACAAUUCAUGAUGAGUUUAGACUUGACUCAAAGACUUAAUAAGACUGAAGUUUAGUGACCUGCGAAGUGGGUAAAAAGAUGUUUAAAUUCUCUUCAAAAGGUAUUUUUUCCAAAAUGAUAAAAAAUAAAAUCUAUUUUCUUGAUAUAUUUUAUGUAGAUUUUUUUCCGUUUUAUAUUUUAAUGCAAAAUUUAAUAUGCAACUCAGAAACAAAUGUAUGAAUAAUUGCACUUUUGUACUAAUAAUUUUGUUUUACCUUUAUGAUAUUUACAGUACCUAUAUUCUGAACACCAGCUGUUCAGUGCCUGAUUCUAAACUAUCAGCAUCAGUUAAAGCUUUGAGAAGCUGAUAAUGCCUCAUCCUUGGUGUCUAUCCUUUCAUCUAUCUUCCCUCCAUCAGUCCAUCCUGCCGCCUUUUCCCUAUCUCUUCUUUUACCUCUGACCACCAGGAGUCCGUUGCUAUGGCACCAGGAGGCUCUGCGCCCCCUCUGCACCGGCGCCAGUCUCGGCUCGGACCUUUUCGUUCGCUCAUCAAUUAACCAGACUGACCGCUCAAAGAAGACGAUGUGCGCUUGUCGCCAGCGCAUUGAACAAACACCUGUUAACUUUCUGCUCUUUUUUUUCCCUUUCGAGACAGACACACGUCUCCUUGUAUGUGUGUGGGCCAACUUCAAAAUAAAGUUCAACGGUAGCAUGGCAAUAAAAUCUGC